CCUCACAUUCCAGGCCUGCUGAAACUUCCCCUAAAAAAUCUCCAGAAUGGAGCCGUCUCUGCCCCUUGCAACGUAUACGCUAAAAAGCUCAAAACUGAAAAACAAGGUUUUCAUUAUUUUCAUUUCUAUGGUCCUAUGCACAGCCAUGCUGGGCCUGCUACAGCUCAAGUUCUUAAAACCCAGAUACAAAGACUUUUAUUCCUUCGAAGUGAAGGAUUGGAAAGGAAGAACUAUCUCCUUGGAGAAAUACCGAGGCAAAGCAGCUCUGGUUGUAAACGUGGCUAGUUACUGCCAGCACACAGAAAAAAAUUACAUCACGCUGCAGGAACUCCAGAAAGAGUUUGGAUCAUCCCAUUUCACUGUGUUGGCCUUUCCCUGCAAUCAGUUUGGGGAAACAGAGCCAGGCCUGAAUGAGGAGAUCAUUUAUUUUGCUAAAUCAAAUUAUGGAGUCACCUUCCCCAUCUUCAGUAAAAUAAAAAUUCUAGGAUCUGAAGCAUCACCAGCAUUUAAAUUUCUGAUAGAUUCUUCCAAAAAGGAACCUAGGUGGAAUUUCUGGAAAUAUCUCAUCAGUCCUGAAGGUAAAGUUGUGAAAUACUUGAGACCUGAAGAACCCAUACAAAACAUCAAGCCAGAUAUAGCUGCUCUGAUUAGGCAGAUCAUUAUGAAAAAGAGGGAAGACCUUUGAGGAAGCUACCAUGCCUUGUGGAUCCAUACAUUCCUGCUCAAAUAUGGCAAAUGCUGAACUAUCAGUAAUUUUUCUUGCCACUUAGUGCCAUAAUAAACUUUGAUAACAGAAAAUUAUUCUGUUUAGGACUAUUAAAGAUGCUGAGGACAAAGGAAGCAAAGAAUUUAAUAGUGCUCUAAGCAUUUUACCCAACUGAGCCUUGGACCCUACAAACAUGUUUACCUGGGAUAUUUGGUUAGGAAAUCUGAUUAUGACCAGCAUAAGAGAUGGAUUUUUUUUUUAAGGGGGAAAAAUUUACAAUAAAUACUGCUUUCCCAAAUCAGUUCCUCCUGUGAUUUUACACACACACACACACGUGGUAUUGUG